AUGGAGAUAGAUCAGUUAGAUGAUAGUUUUAGGGAAGACACAAGUGUACAGGGUUUAAAAAGUGGGGAUAGUGAACGUUCAAGCGAAAUAAACCCUCCAUCUAAUCAAUUAAAUAAAGAAACACCAUUACCAAACCUUGGAGGACGGCCUAAAGGAGACAUAUGGCAAUUUUUUGCAGAAAUUAAUAAUGGAAAAGGAAAGCACAAGGGAGCAAUUUGUAACUUUUGUAAUUCUUCAUGGAAUCGAGGAAGAGCAAAUGAAAUGAAGAGUCAUCUUGCAAUGAAAUGCAAAGGGCGUGUACCUAAAGAUAUUCGGCUAAAUUUUCUUCGAGAAAUUGAUAAUGAGCGUGAAUCUUCAGAAACUUCAUCUAUAUCAUCAAGUAAAAAACGAAAAAUAUCUAAUAAUCAGACAACUUUAGAAAACUUUUAUGAUGAUGAUAAAAUUGAUGAAGUAAAGAGUAAUCGGGCUGAUAAAGCACUUAUCAGAUGGUUUGUCUGUUCAGGAAUACCUUUUGUUGCAGCUGACUCUCCAUACUUUGACGAUUUUACUAAAUCUUUAAAUAGUGGAUACAACCCACCUAAACGAACUGCUCUUGCAACUACUCAUUUAGAUGGUGAACUUGCAAAUGUUACCUUAAAAAUCGAAAAAGAAUUGGCAAAAGCAAAAAAUCUUACAUUAUCUUAUUUCUUACAUCCAACAUAUCGAGGUGAUAAUUUAACACAUAAUACAUACAAAAAAAUUAUUUUGCGUAAAGCUUUAGAAAUUUGGAAGCAAACCGGAGGUGGAGAGAAGAGUGCUAAAAUUCUUAAAACUCAAAUGAAUUUAUAUAGAAAUCAGGAAUCACCUUUUGAUGAUGAUUUUAUAGAAUCUGUUGAUACUGUUAAAAAUUGGUGGUCAUCCUGCGAACUCAAAAAAAAUGAAAAUCAUAUUUCAAUUUUAGCAUUAAAACUUCAUUCUAUUACUCCUCAUAAUGCUUCAACUGAACGAGUAUUUUCAGUUUUAAAUUGGUAUUUAUGUAAGAGACGAAAUAAAAUGAAUAUAUCUCAUUUGGAAUCAUUGGCUCAAAUCCAUUCUUUUUUAAUUGCAAAUGCUCCAGGUGAAUUAAAUUUUAUUAAUAAUAACAUCAGUCAAGAUGAAUUCACUGCUGCUUUUAACCAAAUUGCUGUAGCAAUGGAAGAAGGUAUUGAUUUAUUUGAGGAAAAUAAUUCAUUUCCAGUUUUUGAUGAUGACAGUGAAGAGGAUAAUGAUUUGCAAUUGCAAAAUGAAAAUGGAUUAAAUUUAGAAAUAAGUGAAUUAAUUCAGUUAAAUGUAAAUCAAUCAGGUUCCAUUAAUGAAAAUCAAGCAGACAUAAAUGAAUCGAGAAUUGAACAUGGAGAUAAAGAUUUUAAUAUUGAAGACUUAUUACAUGACAAUUAGAAUAGUUUAUUUUUACUAAAAUAUUAAUAUAAAAUUGUAAUUUCUAUUAUACAUUUAUAAUACAUAAUAGUAAUAAUCAAUAAAUUCAUAAAUAA